UGUCCCACUGGAGAGAUUUCCUUUCACUUCCUGUGCAAGAGACACAAUGGGAAAUGAAAGGAAAUCUCUUCAAAGUGAGGGAGAUUCCUAUCUUAGACAGUUGACACCCAAACAUUUGUGCCUAUUAGUUGAUUCAUUCUUAUCUCCUGCUCUGCCAACUACCAGGGGCGGACUGACAACUCAUGGGGCCCCCGGGCAAUAGGGGAUCAUGGGGCCCCUGUGUCCUUGCCCAAACUCAAAAAAGCCUAUGAAAAAGGUACCAGGGGCAUCUCAUGGGGCCCCCUACUGGCCCCGGGCCCACGGGCAGUGCCCGAAUUUCCAAAUGGUCAGUCCGCCCCUGCCAACUACUAA